AUGACAGCUGCGAAGGAUAUUGAUCUAUUUAAUCUGAGGGAAAACGAGCAAAUCGUGUCUCCUUGUCUUAUCGUCCAUGGGAAAUGCAACAAGCAAAAUGGUGCGAAGACCGUUCAGGUGCAGCAUCCACAAUUGCCUCCCGUCACUUACCCCAUACAUAACCAGUUCUUCAAGGCCACUGUGGUACUGACCCCCGGUGAGAACAAGUUGACGUUUGUCACAGAUACCAACACCACUAAGGCCAUCGUGUGCUACUACACACCGCUGACGCAGAAUCCUCCGGUGCAUCUGUGUUUGAUCUUGGCCAAGGACUCGCCUCUGCAAUUCGAUUCUCCUCGAGAACAAAGGGACAGAGAGGGUGGAAAUGGUCUCGAACUGGCCAUUAAGAAGCUCAGACUCGGCGCCAGGCUCAUGCAGGCCUACACUAAUGAACAGAUGCUAAGAAACAGCAUGGGCAAUAGAACUUUCCCCUUUGUCGAGGAGUUCGCGUGGGACACCCUGUUUGAGCAGCCUGCGAUGAGGAACACCAUCAAAGUGCAUGUGGUUCGUUCGAAAAAGACGGUUAAGGAGAUCCAGGACCCUGACAUAGCUCAACAGAACUCUAAGGGGAAGGACACCGGCGCCCUUUUUGGCAUCGCCAUGGACGCCCUCAAAAACUAUGGGGGGCCCUUCACCAACAACGAGAAACCUGUCCAGGCAGCUUGUAUGUUCUUAGAUACCCACUGGGAUGGUAAGUUGAUUAGAGGCCAUGCUGCGUUGGGCGGUGGUGAUGAUAGCAUCAAGCUAGCCAUCUUCGGUUCGCACGGGCUCUACUCAUGGCCAACUUGCCUCGAGCAGCUGGUGCCUUAUUUUACUGAUGAGACAAAGUCUUCCAUCAGUGAAGUGGCCAAUGACUGUAACGAGUGUGGUACUUACUGGGAGUGUUUGACGAUCACCUUGGGCGCAUUUAUGCAUGAGAUCGGCCACUUGCUGGGCUGUCCUCACGAGGAGAGUGGCGUCAUGCUAAGAGGCUACACCACUUUGAAUAGGUCUUUCUUGACUAAAGAGGCGUACUCUGUGAGAACAAAGUCUACCGGUGCUAGUCCACCCAUUUUCCCCAAAGAGGAGUGCACGUGGCAUCGUCUCGAUACGAUAAGGUUCUUAUACCACCCCUCUUUCACUUUACCACAGGAUUAUUAUGACCCAUCGUUCAUGAGGCCCACGAAACUGGGUGGGUUUCCCAACAUAAAGCAUUCAGUCUACCCAUUAGGGAACGGCACUUGCCGUAUCUUGUCGCCCACAGGUAUUUAUCUGAUUGAGAUCAUUUGUGAUGAUCUGGCCAAGGGUCAUAUUGAAUAUCUACCAAUUUCCUUGGGUGGAAAGGGACCUCAACGGGAAGUUGUGGUAACCUUACAAGACCUACGUGCCAGAUUACCCAAAAAUGAACUUGCCAAGUUCGGCGAUACUUUCAAGUUGAAAUUACACUCUGUUAAUGCGCCAGAAAUCGAAUUCGACAAGUUCCCAUCUUUGCUGAACGUCCAACCGUUGGACAUGUCCAAAUAUGGCUUCGCUAAGAAUGUUCAAGGUAUUAAAUCGCCACUAUACGGUUGCAGUGACGGUGGCAGCGAUGUUGGUGUUAUCGCUUUUGAUGUCAGACUAGUCACUGCUGUGAGAAUAUACCAUGGUUAUGCAUUGGACGGUGUUAGGUUUUAUUACAAGGACGAGGCAACACCAACUAAGCGUGCUCCCGCUGCCAAACCAUCUGUACCACCAAGGAACUAUUUUGCAAAAAUUACCCAAACUAUCAAAAGCCAUGCUUCAAUAAACGAAGGAAAUCUGAAGAGCGUAUUGUUUGGACACGAAACACAAAAUUUUACGGAUGCUACGUUAGAACCAGGUGAAAUGAUCAUUGGAUUCAACUUAAGGUGCGGAGCUUGGAUCGAUGCCAUCCAGAUUAUAACAAGUCAUGGUAGAAUGACCGAUAUGUUCGGUAACAAAAAUGGUGGUGGUUUUGCUUCAUUGCAGCCACCCAAUGGACAAUAUAUACUGGGUGUGACAGGUAGAGUUGGUCAAUGGGUUGACGCCUUUGGAAUUAUCUACGGCUCUUUAGAGUAG